AUGUGGUCUCAACUCGAACCUACUCCUCCUCACCUCACCUACCUCACCCUGUCCAUAUUCCUGAUCGCCUACUCCCUGUUCUCCCUGCUCAUCCGGAACCGCCUUCACCUGUCCGAGCCGCCUCUUGCCGUGCUCUUCGGCAUCCUCCUGGGGCCCUCCCUCCUCAACGUGCUGUCCCCACACCGUGACUGGGGCUUAGACGAUGUCUUCACGCAGGAGUUCACCCGCGUCAUCCUGGGCGUCCAGUGCUUCGCCGUCGGGAUAGAGCUCCCGGCGCACUGGUUCUCGCGCGGCGGCCACCGCGCCUCGGUGCUCUGGUUCCUGGGGCCCGUCAUGACCUACUCGUGGGCCGCGUCCAGCCUGCUCGCCUACCUGGUCUUCGGCACCAGCCUGCCGACCGCCGCCGUCAUCGGCGCCUGCCUGUCGCCCACCGACCCCGUGCUCGCCGCCAGCGUGCUCGGCGGCUCGCGCUUCAGCAGCCGCGUCCCGCGCCGCGUCCGCAACCUGCUCUCGGCCGAGAGCGCCUGCAACGACGGCGCCAGCUUCCCCUUCCUGUACGCCGGCCUGUACGUCUUCGAGACCCGCUCCGCCCGCGACGCCGUCCUCGGCUGGUUCUUCGUCACCGUCCUGUACCAGUGCGCCCUGGGCCUCGCCAUCGGCUACGCCCUCGGCCGCGUUGCUAACGCCCUGCUGCGCUUCUCCGAGGGCAAGGGCUACGCGAGCCGGCCCAGCCUCGUCGCCUUCUACUUCCUGCUGGCCGUGCUGUGCGUCGGCAUCGGGAGCACUCUGGGGCUGGACGACUUCCUCGUCGCCUUUGGCGCGGGCAUCGGCUUCGCGCACGACGGCUGGUUCUCGAGCAAGAGCGAGGAGGUUCAAGGCGAGGCCUCCUUCAAGAGCGUUGUCGACCUGGUGCUCGACUCGUCCAUGUUCGUCUACUUCGGCGCGAUGAUCCCCUGGGCCUCGUUCGUGCCCCGGCCGGGAGAUGUGCUGGACGGCCACAUCGGCGUCGGCAGUCUGAUGCUGUUCCUGGCGCUCGUCCUGCUGCUCCGGCGGCUCCCUAUCGUGCUUGCCCUACAAACGGGGCGCCUCGUCCCGGACGUCAAGACGUACAAGGAGGCGCUGUUCUGUGGGCAUAUCGGGCCGAUGGGCGUCGGCGCGCUGUUCUUGGCUAUUGAGGCGAGGGCUCACCUCGAGACCGGCACCUCGCACCCGCUGCCCCAUCCCCGACCACCAAUUGGGCCGCCCUACGACGACAAGACCGUAGCCAAGGAGCUCAUCUGGCCUGUCAUAUGCUUCGUCGUCCUCGGGAGCACGGUAGUCCACGGCCUGAGUGUUCUGGCCAUAAGUGUCGGCUCGUCCCUGAGUAGGAAGGUCGGCGAGAGAGCGCCGCUUCUGGGAGCAGAGGUCGAGGCCUUGGAUGGGAUGGUGCAUGAUUCAGAGAGCGAGGGCGAGGGCGAGGACUAG